AUGUCAGGCUCAUCAACUCUGAACACAACAGAAUCUCCCGUCGCGGUCUUCCAGGAUCGCCCUAUUUUCUCGUGUUCGAAUUGCUCUGCGGUCAUUGCUCUGCAAGACGAACUUAUUAGUAAAGCAUUCUCUGGAAGAGACGGACGUGGAUACCUCAUGUAUUCGGCCGUCAAUGUAAAGAUGGGAAAGAAAGAAGACCGCUCCCUACUCACGGGUGUUCAUACGGUGGCAGACGUUUUCUGUGUCGGCUGCAACGAUCGCUUAGGAUGGUAUUAUCACAAAGCGUCCGAUAACACACAGAAAUACAAGGAAGGGAAGUACCUUCUGGAACGAGAACGGCUGAUCAAGGAGAAUAAGUGGAAACUGGACGAGUGA